CGCCUGUUUUGCCUCGGAGGGCGGAUAAAAAGCCCGGGUGGGACCGCGGCGGAGCGGAGCGGGCGCGGCACCGGCGGUUGAGGCUCUGAAGGAGGCCACCCCCCCAGGCAGCCAUGGCCCCCACGCUGGCCACGGCGCACCGGCGGCGCUGGUGGAUGGCGUUCACGGCCAUCAUCGAGAACCUUCUCUUCUCUGCCGUGCUGCUGGGCUGGGGCUCCCUGCUCAUCAUGCUCAAGGCAGAAGGCUUCUAUUCCUACCUCUGCUAUGGCUUAGAGACCACCACCAACAGCUCUGAGCUGGACAACAGCACAGCUUCAGAGCACAAAUGGCCUUCCUGCAACGCCCAGGAUGAAAUGCUGAACUUGGCCUUCACCAUUGGCUCCUUCCUGCUCAGUGCCAUCACACUGCCCUUGGGAAUUGUCAUGGACAAGUACGGCCCGCGCAAGCUGCGGCUGCUGGGCAGUGCCUGCUUUGCCGUGUCCUGCGUGCUGAUCGCGUACGGUGCCAGUAACCCAGACUCUCUGUCUGUGCUGAUAUUCAUUGCCCUGGCUCUGAAUGGCUUUGGUGGGAUGUGCAUGACCUUCACAUCACUCACGCUGCCCAACAUGUUUGGUGACCUUCGUUCCACGUUCAUUGCUCUGAUGAUUGGCUCCUAUGCUUCCUCUGCUGUGACUUUCCCAGGGAUCAAGGUUAUAUAUGACUUUGGGGUCUCCUUCAUCCUUAUUCUGCUUGUCUGGGCAAGCUGUGCAGGACUUGUUUUCCUCAACUGCUUCUUCAACUGGCCCCUGGAGCCUUUCCCAGGACCAGAAGACAUGGACUACUCGGUGAAGAUAAAGUUCAGCUGGCUGGGAUUUGACCACAAAAUCACUGGGAAGCAGUUCUACAAGCAAGUGACGACCGUGGGGCGCCGCCUCAGUGUGGGGAGCUCCAUGAAGGGCCCCAAGGAGCCUGCAGCUUUGCAGGAGAACAACAAGCUCUGUCUGUCUACAGUGGACCUGGAAGUGAAGUGCCAGCCUGACAGUGCAGCUACUCCCUCCUUCAUGAAGAGUGUCUUCAGUCCCAUCCUGUUGCUCAGCCUUAUCACCAUGUGUGUCACUCAGCUGAGACUCAUCUUCUACAUGGGAGCCAUGAACACCAUCCUUGAGUUUCUGUCUGGAGAUGAAAGCCAAGUUGCUCUCUACACUUCCAUUUUUGGGGUCCUGCAGCUGCUGUGCCUGCUGACAGCACCUGUGAUCGGGUGCAUCAUGGACUGGAGAAUGAAAGAGUGUGAUGAUGGCUCAGAAGAGAAUGAGGAGAGCAACACUGAGCAAGGUGACAAGAAAAAGAAAAAGCGUGACCGUCAGAUCCAGAAAAUCACCAACGCCACCAACGCCUUUGUAUUCACCAACUUCCUGCUGGUUGGAUUUGGAGUCACCUGUCUUAUCCCUAACCUACCCUUGCAGAUUUUGUCCUUCAUUUUGCACACAAUUGUGAGAGGAUUCAUCCACUCAGCUGUGGGAGGCCUCUAUGCAGCUGUAUACCCCUCGACUCAGUUUGGCAGCUUGACAGGGCUGCAGUCGUUGAUCAGUGCCCUCUUUGCCCUUCUGCAGCAGCCUCUCUUCAUGGCACUGACGGGACCUUUGGAAGGAGACCCCCUCUGGGUGAAUGUUGGCUUGCUUGGCCUGAGCCUCCUGGGUUUUUGCCUCCCAAUCUACCUGGUCUGCUACAGGCGCAGGCUAGAGAGAGAAAAGAAGCAGAAGCUGGAAGAUGCCAAACUUUUCUUCAAAAUCAAUGGCACUCCCACUGAGGAAGCCUUUGUUUAAACUGGUGCUUCAUGUACAACCUCCCCUGUACAAGUUCCUACCACAUCUGUGGGUUCUACCUGUGGUGUAAGCCAGGACUUUUCUCCCCUGGCUCUGCCAGUCUUUGCUCAUCACUGGAGUGAGGGCUGAACAUCAUGACUGAGAUUUCCUCAGAUAUAUGGCAGGAGGAGACUUCCCACUCCUCACUCCAAAACACAGGACACUUUUCCUUUUUAUAAAGGCCACACAGAUAUUGUGUCUUAAAUUAUCCCCUGAUCAUACUCUCCAGCAGCAGAGAGUUUGCAUAGGAAUCUGGGGAGAGAAGGAAUAGAGGGAUGGGGGAAGAGGGAAGACAGACCAUAAUUUGAGUUUGCAAAUGUCACACACUGCAGUCUGUUUCCUUCCCCUCUUCCCCCAAACUUGGCUGACACAGUCUCGGAUGCAAGCUGCACUCUCCUCCCUCCCCAAGGCUUCAUAGUGGUCUCUCUGCUUGAUGUGUAGCUGGCCCCAAUGGUUUUACUGUCUCUCCAGAUAUAUCCCUGUUUCUGAGGCAGGGAAGGGGUUUUUGUUCCUAUGUGUAUGAGCACAGCUUCAGUGUAUUGCUAAAUGUUGGCUGCUAGCACUGACAGCUCCCAAACCUUUUAUUACUGCAAAUGACACAGACUGUGAGCAAUGGAUCUGCCUUCCACGCUGAAAUGAAGAGCCUAUGGUGGACUGCUGGUCCUAGACCAAGCCUUGUGGGCCUGGAAUUCCUCUUCUUCCUGGUUCACCAACUCACCUGUACAUGUUUUAAACGGUCUGCAGUCCUGGAGCCUCUGAGAUAAGAGCUGGAUCUUCUUUACCGAUGAAGUGCUUUGAGACUUGUUGCCUUUUGCCUCUUCCCCCCUGACAUGACCCUGGGAGGGGACCAGCAAUGUGUGUUCAGUAAAGUGGAGAAGUCUUGAAGCUGAGUUCUGAGGCUUCAGCUGCCUUGGUGUUCACAUGCUGUGAGCUGACCUGCUGGUGAAAAGAACCAAGAGUGCAGAACACUCCUUUGAGUCCAGUAACUGGAUCCUGUGGACAUAUGACAGGGUGCUGUGGUGAAGUCAUUUUUACUUUAGCUUAUUUACCUUGCUAUGAUAAUGGUCACCAAGCUGCUGAACACCAGGUUACUGUGACUGACCAAAAUGCUGCCAGUUUGGCUGUUCUAGGAGCCUUCUACAAUGUUGAUGCUCUGUCUGGACAGAGCACCUGGUGAUUGAUUGUAUGGUGAAGCUGGCAGUCAGAGCAAUAUGUGUGGGUAGAGGUGUCCCAGGCCUGUUCAUGCCAGGGAGGGAAUACAAAGGGAAUUUUUAACCUGCUUAUUUUUAUAGAGGUUUUCCUUGUGUAAAGCAGACUUUUCUGCCCUGAACCUUCUUGUUGAGGUCGGUAGCUCAGGCUCUGCAGCUCUGUGUUAAGCACUGCACUGAGUGGAGCUGUUGGGAGCAGGAGUGUGCAGGGGUGAGGACGAGCACCCCCGGUGGGUGCACUGGGCUGAGCUGGUGGCUGUGGAAAGGUUGGGGCAGAAAUAAAACAAUUACAGAGA